CGUUACUGUUGACAGUCGGAGGUAUAUUCGUUCAAUUUAUUAUAUUUUGUAGUUUUCUAUCAACAAAACUAUUUUAAGGUGAAAAGUGGAGAUAAGGACAAAAUAAACUAUUUUUCAAGAUAGUGUUACAGAGUAUAUUAAAAUGGUGUCGCGAAGUUUAACAGAAGUGUUUGUGUUGAUGCGCAAUAACGCUAUCCAUGGUCGUCAAAUAUUCGCAGAACAGGGAAAUGAGUCUGAAAGGGUUAAGCUCAUGCGGUCCAGCAGUCAUGAUGCAGAGGCAGGUUUGGAGACUCGCUCGGACUGUCAUGCUCCUCCACCCUGGAGUGACUCAUUGGAGGAGGCGCAUUAUAUCAUUACUAGGUUACGAACGAAGCUGUCGGAGCUGCAGUCGCGCCACGAGCAGCAGCUGCGGCGGCCCGCGCUCGACGACAGCAGCGAGCAGCGGCACAUCGAGCGGCUGUCGGCGGAGAUUGGCCGCCACUUCGCGCAGGCGCACGCUCGCCUCGCGCCCAUCAGGGCCCAAGUCAGACACGGUAGCAAAUCCGAACAGAAACUAGCAACAAAUGUAGUUCUAGCUUUAGUAACGAUCCUCCAAGAUCUGAGCGUGACUUUUCGCUCGGCGCAAUCUAACUACCUAAAAUCCCUAACGUCGAGAGAGGAAAGAUCUAAUGCCUACUUCGACCUCCCAAAUUUUGAGGAGCUGAGUUUACAAGACGAACUAUUACCAGGCCUGACCAGUAACCAGACGGAUUUGCUGUUCUCCUUACCGAGUACUUCAACCCAGAAUCAUUUUGAAGAAGAAAAUUCUGAGGGUAGUUUCCAAAAACAAAAUUUGAACCAAAAGCAGUUAUUAUUGAUGCAAGAGGAGAACACUAAAAUGGUGGCAGAAAGGGAAGAAGAAGUUAACAAGAUAGUGAAAUCGAUAGUAGAUUUGAACGAUAUAUUCAAGGAUCUGGCGCAAAUGGUUAAUGAACAAGGCACGGUACUGGAUAGAAUAGACUACAACGUAGAGCAGACGCAAGUGCAAGUCCACGAGGGGUACAAACAGUUGCAGAAAGCUGAGAGGUACCAGAGACAAAACAGAAAAAUGCAUUGCAUCAUGAUGCUUGCUGUUACUGUUAUAGUUUUGGUCAUACUAUUGAUUGUUGUUAAGAGUUAGCUUUUGUAUUGACGACGGAGGGUUAAAGCAUUUACGCCUAUCUCGGCUAACUGAUAUAGUCGGUCCAACAUAAGUCGGUGAAAUACAACACAGGGGCCUUAGCAUUAAAUCUGAUAGCCACAAUGCGACGAUCGCAAUUACUUCCAAUUGGCUGAUAAUUUUCUGCUUUCGUUGUAGUCUCUCGAUAGAUGUCCACUGUCCACUGCUGGACUAAGGUCUCUGCAAGGAUCUCCACAGAGCAGGCAAAGUACCUAUUAGUAUAGCUAGAGGAAUAUUAUUUAAAUAAAAAAUAUGACAAGAAAAUAUCAUGUAUGUAAUCAUUAUUUAUAUAAUACUAUGUUAAGUGUCAGGGAUAAGGAUAUAAUAUAAAUUAUAUUAAUUAUUAUUGUUAAAUUCGAUAUAAACUCAGAAAACUGCUAUUCUUCGAUAUGCUUCCCAGUGUAAAGUGAUAUACUAUUAACCAUUCCUAGUAUUAUGAAAUUAUUAUAAUUUUACAGUCCUUGAGCAUAUUAUCGGGUACAGUACUACCACUUUUAUAAGUUACACCGAUGUACCUGCGCAGAAAUCUUUUAUUGAAUGGCGCGAAAAUAUCUCAGCCAAUCAUAGCGCGCGUCCGUCCACUUGCCCACAUGCCAUGUUUAGUACAUGCGAAUUAUGAGCGAGAUAGCACGAGUCUGUUGCUCUUGUGUUUAAAAUCUUAACGUCAAGGAAUAAGGUCUGUAUUUCAUUGAUGUACUUUUCUACGCAAGCGAAUUUUACCGAUGGACUUAUAAAAGUGGUGGUACUGUACGCCCUUAAACCUUUCUCAUGAUCAACAGGGCAAGGACACCACAGAGUAAUACCUCCUUGAACAUACCCAGUAGCUGAUUCAUCAAUCUUAGAUGACUUCGUCCGCAUGCAUUUAGGUUUUUAAAAAUCGUUGCGUCGCUGUUGUGUCGUGUGUGACCAAGGCUUAAAUUACUAAUGUUAUCAAUGACACUGAUUCUAGUCUUUUGUUAGUGUAGUAUAGGUAGCGUUUUAUUUAUUUACUGUUACUAGCUAAUGCCUGCGACUUCGCCCGUGUGGAUUUGUUUAUCCAAUCCUGUGGGAACUUCAUUUUCGGGAUAGAAAAUAACCUAUGUCACUCCACAUUUUUAAGUUAAUCCAUGCAAAUAAUCACGCCGAUCCGUUUUAAUUUUGCGGCGUAACAAACCAAUAUACCAACAAACGAACACUUUCGCAUUUAUAAUGUAGGUAGUUAUUUAUAAAGGUGCAAACAAAGUACUGUGUUUUGACGUAGAUAUCAGUUAAGUAAGGAUUUCUAUAAAAAUCCCUAAGGGUGUAAAAUAGGGGUUUGAAAUUUGUGUAGUCCACACGAAUUCGCGGGUAUAAGCUACUCUUCAUGUAAAAUGUCUGUCGUGUCGGUCAUCGCACCAGAUUGUGUUGUACAUUAAUUACAAUUUACAACACACCACAACACAGUAAUAUGUCUGCACCCUUGUCGAAUAUAAAGAUAGUUAUGAAAUAAAUGUAGAUAGGUAUAUUAUGACCAAAAUUGUUAACUUAUUCCAUUUAAUAUAAGUAAUCACUAAU